AUGGUGAUGUCGAAGCAGAGAUAUGAGGAGAUACGGCAGCAGAGGAUGGAAGAAAACAAGAAGAAACUGGAACAACUUCAUCUUCCUCUUCUCUCUCAAGCCCUUCACAAAACGGCUUCCUCCCCCAAAGCUUCUCCUAUGAAGAAGGUGAAACCUCGUCCGAUUGGAACAGAACUAGUUGCAGUGAGACGAUCAGGCCGUUUAACAAACAAGCCAACUCCUGAUUACAAAGAAGUUACAGUUUUUGAGCGUGUGAUUUUGCCCAGAAGAAUAUCGUAUCCGAAAAGGAAUUUGUCGAAUAGGGUGUAUGCCUCUGAUGAAGCCAGGGCUUGGGCUAUAGAAGAAGCAGAAAAACUGGAGUCAACUCUGGAAGCGGGUUAUCCCACAUUCGUGAAACCAAUGCUUCAGUCUCAUGUCACUGGUGGCUUUUGGCUGGGCCUUCCAACUCACUUUUGCCGAAAACACCUCCCCAAAGGCGAUGAAACUGUCACAUUGGUAGACGAACAAGGAGAGGAGUGGCCAACGAUAUACUUGGGGCGUAAAACAGGACUUAGUGGUGGAUGGAAGCGAUUCGCAGUUGAUCAUGACUUGGUUGAUGGAGAUGCUUUGGUUUUCCAAUUAACUGGGCGGACAGAGUUUAAGGUUUAUAUCAUCAGGGAAAAUGGUUUUGGGAAGGAGGAAAGCACAUAG